UACCUCAGAAACUUUUUUUCUCCCCUCCAAAGGUGUGAAUACUUUACUGAACACUGUCUCAGCAACGUCAGAGUUCACCCGCACAACAGUUGGACAGGUUUUAAAUGCACAUGGACGGACCAUCCAGCAGGUGGCACCGUUUGACUUAGUCCUAUGAUUCUCUAAUAUCAUCAAUUUAAAUAUUUGUUUUCAUCUUCCAUCAAUACUCCUUAAUCACACAGGAGAAUACACCUUAAUUAAAACUCUCAUGAAACAAGAAGAUGAAUAAAUUAUCCAUCUGGUUAAUUUUUCAGAAUGAACCUAUGAUCUAUUAACUGACCAGCUGAACUGGAGUCAAACUGCCCACAUCUCAUAUUGUGUAACUCUCUCCUCCUCUUUUCCUGCCCCUUUCCCUUCCUCUCUCUGCAUCUCCAAUACUCCCUCUUCUCUCUUUAACCAUAACGUCCCACCAGAAGCGGUGUGUAGUGGACGGCUCCUGCGCUACUGAACGACGCGUCAGUCAGAACACACAGAGGCUGAGCAGAGCGCACGGAGAAGAGCAGAGACUCAUUGGUGUGAUGUGAAAUAACCAAGAGGACAGUGGAACUUUCCAGCAAGCGAACACCUACUGUGCAAUAAAAGCAAACAGGCAGUAGGUAUUUUCUGUUUGUUUGUUUGUAUCUUUCAUAAUUCCCAGGAUCCGCUGUGCGCACUGAAGUGGCCAUGGCGUAUUUUACGCACUGCAGGUAACCAAUCCGUUGGAGACUAAAACUCUAAACACAUCAUGGAUUAAACAGUGACUGUUGCGCUAGUUAACACCAGACGGGCGGACAUGGCAGCACUUCGGAGGAAAUUUGGAGAAGACUACCAGGUGGUCAACACCAACCGGGCAACUACUUUCUCCGCCCCGGUGAAGAAGAAACGCCAACGCUUCGUGGAGAAGAACGGCCGCUGCAACGUGCAGCACGGAAACCUCGGCGGGGAGACCAGCAGGUACCUCUCCGACCUGUUCACCACUCUGGUGGACCUGAAGUGGCGCUGGAACCUGCUCAUCUUCAUUCUCACCUACACCAUCGCUUGGCUCGUCAUGGCAUCGAUGUGGUGGAUCAUUGCUUACAUCAGGGGGGAUCUAAAUCACGGCCACGAUCCGUCCUACACCCCGUGCGUGGCGAACGUUUACAACUUCCCUUCAGCGUUCCUCUUUUUCAUCGAGACCGAAGCCACCAUCGGCUACGGCUACCGGUAUAUCACCGAGAAGUGCCCGGAGGGGAUCAUCCUCUUCCUGUUCCAGUCGCUGCUGGGUUCCAUAGUGGACGCCUUCCUCAUCGGCUGCAUGUUCAUCAAAAUGUCCCAGCCUAAGAAACGCGCGGAGACGCUCAUGUUCAGCCAGGACGCGGUGAUUUCCCAAAGAGACGGCAGACUCUGCCUCAUGUUCCGAGUGGGCAACCUGCGCAACAGCCACAUGGUGUCCGCGCAGAUCAGGUGCAAACUCAUAAAGUCUCGUCAGACACCUGAAGGAGAGUUCUUGCCACUGGACCAGUGUGAGCUGGAUGUUGGCUUCGGGACGGGAGCAGACCAGCUCUUCCUGGUGUCUCCUCUCACAAUCUGCCAUGAAAUAAAUCCCAAAAGUCCGUUUUUCGACUUAUCGCAGCGCUCCCUCAUGAACGAACAAUUUGAGAUUGUCGUUAUCCUCGAGGGCAUCGUGGAGACCACGGGUGAGAAAGCUGUUCCUGUUACUACUUUUCUGCUGCCACUGAUUCCUAUCUUCAGUAUUCACACAGCAUUCAAAUGUAUGACAUGCCAAGCGCGGACAUCAUACACUGAAGACGAGGUUUUAUGGGGCCACCGCUUCCUGCCCGUCAUGUCUCUGGAGGAAGGCUUCUUCAGAGUGGACUACUCUCAGUUCCACAGCACAUUUGAGGUGCCAACACCUCCAUACAGUGUCAAAGAGCAGGACGAGAAAAAUUCGUUGCCUUCACCUCAGUCCACUCCCACCCCCGCACUGACUGAGAGCCACGGCGCCCGGCGCGACCGGGUGUUUUCCGUGGAUUGCAUCAACACUUCAGAGGAGAGGGGCCGUCAGGGAGGAGCGGGCAGCCGGCUGCCGAGCAAGCUGCAGAGGAUGAGCUCGUCGGGGAAGGAGGACCUGCAGAGGAAGGUGCUUUUGCUCAGCUCCCAGCAUGCAGAGAAGGCGUGCAGCACAGGGGACCUCCCCAUGAAGCUGCAGAGGCUGAGCUCCUCCCCCAGCCCAGGAGCACAAAAUCGGCUGCAACUCAAGUCACUCAAGGUGGGCUUUGAGCCCAUGACACAGUCGACAGGAGACCUUUACCAGCGCAGCCCACCAACCACGCUGUCACCCACUCCUGCGCCCAUGCACAGCCCCCUUCUGUCAGCUGGAGGGAGGCUGGAGGACAAUCUGCCACCAAAGCUACGAAAAAUGAAUGCUGACCGCUGAAAUCUGGACAACAACCACCAAACACGAGAAGGUGCUGCAUACAGGAAACAACGAAAGCAAUUAUAAGGGGGCAAGAAGGACUAGUAGGCAACUUGUGGGGUUUUUUUCUUUGAGAACAAACUAUUACUGGAAAUACUGUGAUUUCUGUGCUUCAUAACGAAGGAAUAGACUAAAGACGCGUAUUUACUGGAUCAUUCUGAGAAGAGUUGUGCAUGUCUACAAUAAAUCUAUUGUUUUAUUUAUGCACCACUAUACUCAAUAGUCAAUCUUAGUUUUAAUCAAGUAUAAAUUAUAUUAAAAUGAAAAUAAAUACAGUUUGAUAUUCUC